CUAUUAUGGCGGACAAGUUCCUAUAAUGUGUUUAUAUGGAUACCAUACAAUUCAAAAUAUUUAGCUUAUUUAUGUCAAUAUAUUUAGCUUAUUAGUAUCAUUUAUGAUCUGUGUUAUCAUGCAGAAAUACAAGGGAUUAUUUGUGAAUAAUCGAGAUGUCUAGAAAACUAAAUAGUGUUGGAAAAUCCAAUAAAAAGCAAGAUAACCAGUGGAUUAACAGUGAUGUUAAAGUCAGCACUGGGUUGCCCCCUCAAGUUGAUGGACAGAUUAGAUGUUUCUGUAAACUAACAGUUGCUCAGUUAGUAUGGACCAUACCCAAGCCACCAGAUCUGGCUCUUGUCAGAGUGAAAUGGUGGGGAGAAGAAGGCACUGGCAUUUUCUUUUGCCCAUUUGAUGUUAAGAAAGGCAACAAAAUAAAUUGUAAAACAACAGCUAGAUACCCUGUUAGAUCCGGACCCAUGCAGUUUGCCACAUAUUUAACAGACAUGGACAAACUUACAUUGGAUGUGAUGACAUCACCUAAUUCAGAUAUUAUUGGUCAAGCUCAUGUCAAUCAGAUUGGCCUUUUAUCAAACACAAGACCAAUAAAUGGAUUUUUUCCAGUUAUUUCUGCCACAGGCCAGAAGCUAGCCAAUUUACAAGUGGCCCUUGUUCUUGAACCUCUAAUGGUUUCCUAUGACGAUAAAGGUGCUGUUCCCACUACAGAUAUUGGUUUAGAAACGUAUAAAAAGGAUGCACACUCAGUGAUUGUGUCUGAUGCUUCUUACACCACACCACACAUGGAUGUCCCAUCUAGGCCAGUUAUCACUCUGCUCAAAUCUCCAAUAUCAGAAAUGAAGAGCCAUCAAAGUAUUCCUGAUGGUGGGACGGUAGCCAUAACAACGAGUGGAGAUGUAGUUCAUAUACCUCAUCAAAAUACUGUUUCAUCAUCCAGCAGUCUUCCUUACCAAUACAAUGUCAAUAAUAGUGCUAUGCAACGAGGCAAGUUUCUCACAUGUACUCUUACAGAAAGUCCUGUGAAAGGAGGCAGGGAUGUACUCUCUGUUCUGGUGGACAAGGGCAAUAAACUAAGAGAGGCAAUGAUUGUUUCAUCCAUGCACACUGACCUCAACGCUGGGCAUGUCACCUUACCAAACAGUUCAGGUCUUAUAUCUGGCCAUUCUAACUCUGGUCUGGCAACUGCUAUUCUGAAUGAGGAGCACAAUGGUCACUCCAAGUCUGCCAUAGACUUACUGAUGACCUCUCCUGUAAGAAAUCAUGACUUUCAGAUGUACAAAAUAAUGAAUGGUUUGAGUCCUGGAACAAGCAUGUCUUCAGACAUGGGCUAUGACUUGAUGAUGAGUGAAACAGAGGAUCCAUUACAUGAGAACUCCAUCCUGCAAGACUUGUUUUACUAUCACUCUGAUACUGGAGAACUAGCAAUGAGUGACAUGAGUGGCUUUGAGCAUUCACCAAAUCAUAAGUUGAUGAAUAAUUAUGUCUCACUGCCUGCCAGACUCCCUGGAGGGUCUCCUCUUGCCAUGCGAUAUCCUUUAGAGGAACCAGGAAAUCAUAGGCCACCCUCCAGAGCCUCAUCACUUGUCACUUUGAAUACCUUAGAACUCAAAGAUGAUGAACCCCUCAAAAAGAAAAAGGGUAAGAGGAAAGCAAGGUCAAGAUCAAGGUCACUGUCAAGUUCUAGAUCAGGCUCCAGAUCUAGAUCCCAGUCUUUGACAAGAACUAGGUCAAAUGUGACAGCCAAGCCAGCAGCCAAGGUUGAGGAUAAGGGAAAUAAUUCCAUUUUAUCAGAUUUAUCCAAACAGUCCAAGCCCAAAAAGAAGUUAAUGACUCGCUCCAGGUCAUCUUCAAGGUCAAGGUCACGGUCACAGAAAAGGAAAACAGUUGCAGAAGAAGUCAGUGACAGUGAUCAGAUGAGUGUGGUAACAUCUGAAGCGACAAUGAGUGCUGAACCAAAGCAAGCUAAAAUAGAUGGUUUGAGUGUUGAGAGGCUUACUGUACUUGGCCGAGUUCAUGUGGCCAGAGUAAACAUUGACCAUCUUCAGCUGAUCAAACAAGACAAUCUGGACACAUCAGAUCCCAAAAUCUCAGUCAACAAAAUGGCGAUGGGCAAACCCCCAAAACCAAUGAAACCAAAGAAGCAGAGCACUUACUUUGUGGAGUACCAGUUUCCUGUUGUGGCCAGCUCCAGAGAUAAAUAUAACUCAAGUGCCAUGGCAACAGAAAUCACAAGGGUGGCCUCCAAAAAUGUGAAAAAUGGAGCAAUCCUGUUCAAUCAUCGGUCUGUAUUUCCUGUACUAUUUAAUGGUGCCUCAAUUGAAAGAUGGUGGAAGUCUGCUUUAGUCUUUAGGAUCUAUAGCAAAGAAGCAGGGGAGCAUGUGCCAACAUUCAUCGGCAGCGGUGGCAUUUCACUGAAGUCUAUUUUACGUUCAGAGAAUCUAUUUGUGCAGAGAGACAUUGAAAUUCCUGAUACUAGCAAGAAUGGAUUACUAAACUUGUCUAGAUCGUCUUUCAAUAGUUCUUUAAAUAAUAGAAAUACUGCCAAUUUGUUUGGUCAUUUGAAGGUCUCAGUUGAAUUAGCAUCUGAUCAUAAAGAAUUUGCUACUGAAAUGGCUAGAACAAGACUAGCAGAGAUCACUGGGAAUGCCAAAAUUGUGCCCAUUAGCGGACCUAAUCCUGAGCAAGUGAAAGCUUUGGAACAGUUAACUAAAAAUAAAGAUCAACCUUUAGUUAGAGUGCCAGCAAAGCAAAGCUUUCAGGAUCCAACAGUGGCCCAUCCUGCCACACCCAGUGUCAUUACUGGCUUACCUCCCCAGUCACCUAGACGAAGAAAUCAAGUUGAAGAUGGAGAUGAAAUCUCUAGACUGAAGCAGCAGCUGAAGGCCACGAUGGCAGCUCUUGAAAAUGAAAGUCAUCAAGAAAGAUUGGGCAACAUUAGAUCUCACCCACAGCCAGAGUUAGACAAACUUGAGCCCAUGACAUUGCACACUAUGCUGUUCAUUCAAGAAGGGAGACAAAUCUCUAUGAUUGGUGUCCCUCCCAUACAUAUGGCGAAAAAACAUCCUGCACUGAUGAAACCCCAACCUGAAGGGCGAGAUUCUUCAAUUCGCAACACAUACUUGGUAUGUCGCAUGUUUUGGUGCAAUGAUGCUGUGCAUUCUGAUGUCUGCUGGGGUACACUGAAUCCUGAGUACAAUUUCUUACAGGUGGCUCCUGUGUUGAUGACAUCCCAAUUGAUGGAAAGGUUAAGGAAUAACUUCAUGAUUGUUGAAGUCUGGGAUAAAAAAGUUGGAUCUGAAAGUGACAAGCUGAUUGGCAUGGUCAAACUUAGUCUUCAUCAGUUUUUUAUGUCAUUUAGAGAAAGGAAAAUUGCUAAUGCGUUGCUGAAGUCAGAGUAUCCAGUUAUGGCCAUAGAUAACUAUAUGCCUAUAGUUGACCCAUUCUCAGGUCUUCACUUUGGCCAGCUAAAAGUUGUGCUAGCCAUGGGAUCAGAAGCUCAGAUCGCUACAUUACAAAGACUAGUGAUUCCUUCUAGUGUGCAGUCUGUUCCUCAGAGACCCUCUUUGUAUUUAGAGAGACAGGACAUUAUGAAUGGCGGGGACAUGGUCAAUGUGUCCAACAAAGCAGUUGACCACCAGUUUGAAAUUACAAUUGAAGGCAUUAGAGAUUUGAAGCUAUUUGAAAACAUGAUGUGGGGGGAAACUGACUGCUUUGUACAGUUUUUCUUUCCUGCACAAGGAGAAGGGACUGGAGAUGGUGUUCUUACUUUCAAAUCCAUGCCGACCAUGAAAUGUUAUCGUACAGCCACCACAUUGUGUACACCUGACCCAACGUUCCAUGACACAUCCAGACACAAGAUAACACUUCCGUUUGGAACGCCGGUACAAAGAGAACUUCUCACAGCUUGUGCCAAUUCUGGAGGAGGUGUGACAGGAUUGCCGUUUGAAGUCUGGUGUCGGUACUACCAUCCAAAUGUCAGAGAUCAGUUGAUAGCCAAAGGUCUACUUCCACUGGCCAAGUUGUGUGCUAUGAUAACUAUGUUAAAGACUGGAGAGCCAUGUGUUCAGUCUUUUUCCCUUCGUUUGUCUCAAGUUGGUCAAGAUGGUCAACCAGACAAAAUGGAAGUUGCUGCUAAGUCCAAGUCUGUUGGUGUUUUAGAUGUGACCAUCAAUUACAAGACCUUUGCUGCACAGAGUGACUCUUCUCCAGCUGUUGACAGAAAGUUUAAAGGUUCACAAGUUUGUUUGUCUGUGGGUGUUAUUAGAGCCUCUGGGUUAAAGGCUGCUGCUGACUACAUGGCACUGAUUGACCCAAGCAUGGCUUAUCCAGCAGAUGUUGGUGUCAAUUCCUAUGUCAGGAUUAAAAUGUCAUUUCUUGGAAAAGAGAAUGAGAGGAUCACCAAGACAGUGGCCAGGUCCUUUGUGCCAGAGUACUCUCACUAUAUGGACUUUCCUUGUCCAUUGCUGAUGACCAAUACAUUGGACACAGAUUCUACAAGCUUGGCUGAGUUGUUGGAGACUGGAGAGGCUUUGUUUGAAGUCUGGCAUCAAAUUCCAACAGGGAUUAACAGAGACUACCAAUCAGACAAGAGCACUAAUGGCCUUCGCCAACUAGUAUAUAAAACUGGUGAUAUUUUGUUGGGAACAGCUAUAGUGCCCUUGGUGUCUCUCUUGACAAGGCGAACAGGUGUCAAUGGAUGGUUUGCCAUAAACCUGCCUUCACUAGGCUGGAUUAAACCAGUGGAUGAAGAGGGUCAUCCAUCCACUGCUCUAGAUCAGGUCGCUGGAGGCUUAGAAUUGUCCUUGAGAUUUGCCAACAAAGAAGACAGAGAUCAUGUAGUAAAUGCUGCCAGGAGUGUUGGCUGGUCACCUGUAGAUGUUGAUGUUGAACAAACUGAUUGGCAGGAUGAAGACAGCCAUCACAAUGUUCACAAUAUUACUGUUGGUGUGGAUCAAGUGUCCUUCCCUCUGGCCAGUGCACUGCUGACAGGUCACUCAGAGCUAGACCCAACAGCUAGGUGCUACAUCAGAUAUAUAUUCUAUGAUAAAGGUGCUGUAGUGUCUAAGUGCAGAAAGAUGACCACUUCCCAUUCUGGCACAUUGCUUUCAACUCUGGAUCACAAGCAGAGCUUUAUGUUCCCCCACAGUGCUCCACUGCAGUGGUAUUUGAGAGAAGAGAGACUUGAAAUUCAGGCCUGGGUCACUUAUGACAAGGGGAGAGCUAGAGAGAAGAAGCCUAGACAGAGAGAUAAGCUCAUUGGCUGUUGUUACCUUGAUCUUGAGUCUCUGACAGACUUGAGGCGAGGACAGCAGAGGAUCAGUGGUCUGUACCCAUUGUUUAAACCAGGCUGUAACAAUCUGAAGUCAGCAUUUAUUAGAGCAAACAUCACCUCUAGAGUCAGUGGUAGCAUCAAGACCAUUAGUGCAGAACACAAGGAGACAAAUGAAGAUCUGGACAUGUCUGUGUCUGAGACUGACCAAUCAGAGAGUGGUCAUGAUUGGAUGGGAGAUUUUACUAUUGACAAAUCACCAAAGAAAAAUCAAAGUGGUUCUAAGGAUCCAGCAGCAAGUUUUGGUGUUCUUCUUGCUGUAGAAAGGGCGAUGCAUUUACCAAUGGUUACAGAACGAAACAGGUCUGGUGAGGUUUGCCCUACAACAUAUGUUUCCUAUCAAAGUGCUGAGAGAAGUAAGCCCACAUGUAGUCCAGUGUUUCCCAAUUCCUCCAAUCCAGUCUGGGACUAUGCUGUGGAGACCAGACUUAGCACAGAGUACUUGUAUAAAGAAAAUAAGAAUCUUGUACUGAAAGUCUGGCACAAACCAUCGGACGCUGCAAAGUCACCUGAUAAAUCAACAGACAGAGUCUUGGGGUUUGUCUCCAUUGAUCUGUCACCACUGAACAAAGGUCUUCAUCAAAUUUGUGGCUGGUACAACAUUAUUGAUUUCAAUGGCCAAUGUAGAGGUCAAAUAAAGGUUAGCAUAACACCACAGGAUCAUGCUGGUUCUGGAUUGGCCCAUAACACACCAAGUACAAGUUUCAUUCUCCCAAGUUUCAGUUUGCCAACAAAGUCUCUGACAACUGGGGAUGUGGCCUCCAGCAUUGCCCAUCAGCUCAUGAGUUUACAGCAGCAAGUGAUGCAGAGAAUGACCUCCCUCACUGCAGCGUCUGGCUCAACUCAGGCAAUUGACAAUGCUGAAGCCAAAGAUGAAGAGCUACCUUGUACCCAUCACUGGCAGCCACAGUUUACUUCAGAAACUAGAACCAAUGACUCAUCCAAGUCAUAUCUAGAGUCUUCCCUCAAGCGACAACUUCAAGAGCUUGACAGCAUAACUCAGAGACUUAAAUCAAGAUUGAUCAAUCAGUCUUCAGAUAUGGAUACUAGCUUACAACAAAUGAACAGUGCCAGGUCUGGAGAUAUCCUAAUGGGGACCAAGUCAAGUCUGAGCACAAUUCAUCCACUUUCAUCUUUAUCUAACACAAGGGAGAGUGCAUCCCACCGUACUUAUGACGAUGUUGCCACAUCUCAGGAAUCAACUCACAGCCAGGUUCUAAGUAAUUCUUCAGUUAUGGAAAAUGCCACAGAAGCGAAAAGUGAUGACAAGAAUGGGGGUCCGGGUCGCAAGUUGUUGGACUCUGGGAUCUACUCAGCCAGGAACUUUUCUGACAAAUCUGGUGGAGAUGAUGUCCCAGAUAGUCACCGCAGUGAUAAGAAUGUCACCACCAGUGACAAUAUGUCCACACUGCAUUCAGGCUACAACGAGACUAUAAUACCACAAGAUGAGGCUAACAUUGGAACACUGGAAAGGGGCUUUUUGACCAACGCUGUUGGCAAGACUCAGACACUGUUACCACCUAUGGACAAUUCUGAAAGCUCAGGCAAUAGUCAUGGCUUCAUGCCUAGCACCAACAGGAGCAAUGCCACUGAAAGUUUUUCCAUAAGAGUCAAUGAAAAGGCAUCAAAUGUAGGUUCUAAAAGUUCUAGCAGCCCUAGCAAAUCCAAGCAGAGUCAGAGUGGAAGCACAACUGCUAGGUCUGAGCAGCAUGAGGCUGUCAGGGAAGAACAAGAGGAGAGUGACAUUGAGGAUGAGGAGGAAGAUGAACUGGGAGGAAAAUAUGGCAGCUAUCAUCGCUAUAGGGAACUUUUGGAUGCUGAAGAAGAAGAGGAAGGAGAGUCUGCUCAAAGUGAUGAAGAGGUGGAUGUUGUGGAAGUUAUUCCAAGAAGUUUGAACAACAUGUCAACAGUGCUUGCCCUAAAUGACAAGUCUGGAGUGAAGCCAGAUGAAGCAGCAGUGCCAAGAUCUGACAGGAUGCCAGCAUCUUCACCCACUGUAAAUGCUCAUGACCAGAAUGCUCAUGAUGGCACUAGUAUCUGGUGCUCUGAUGAUAAUGACAGCUUUUUCCAACAGGUUUUUGAGAAGAACCAGCAUCUGCUGAUGAAUGCAGAUGGGAAUGUGGAAGAUAUAACGAUUGAUGGAUGGCUCCAGGAAAGAGCAGACCUUGUUGGCAAAGCAAGGCUAGAGAGUUGGUUGGAGGCUACCAAUCAAGACAGGAGAAAAGUUAGCAGAAAAGAUUCUAAAGAAGAAGAUUUGGAGACAGGAAGUGAAGAUGAAGAGUUGAAUCCCCAAGCUUACAACUCUAAACCAAUAGAAGAUGAAGAGGAUAUGAGGCUCAAGUUGCAUGACAUUUCCCUCCAAGACAAUGAGGGGAUGACAUCUAGAGUAGACACAGACAGGGGAAAUCAUGUUUGGCAAGUAGAAGCUGGGGACUCUAGUGAUGAAGAAACUUCAAGAGGUAUGUGGGUGAAAAAACAGAGCGUUGAAGAUUUCUAUGCUGAUGACUAUGAAUCAAAGUUUAAUGAACCAAUAGGUUUUCAACAGAGAGAAAAGGUUGUCCAGAGAAAAGAAGAGAAUGUUUUAGACCCAGAUGAAGCAAGGGUAGAAACUUCUAAAAAUCUGUUGUCUGUAGUUGAAUUCACAAGCACUAUAGCCUCAUCAGCCCAAAGUAAAACUCUACAAGCUGGGCUUACUCUACACUCUACCAUCAGUUCAGCCUCUGCCCCUACCAGUCAGACACUACGCUCCACAUUUAGUGAGGUGUCCUCACUGCCAUUGAACUCUGGAGCUACUGAUGAAUUCCCUUUCACUUUGGAACUGGCGUCCACGUGUCCAGACACUCUAGAAGAAAGUCCUCCUUCCAAAGUGAAGCACAUGCUGUCCAACGUGGAACUUGAGUCUAACUCAUCAUCGCCUCGUCCAAACUCAGGUGCUAGCAAAUCAUCUGCUAAGUCAAAGUUGUCACAUAAAAGUUACACUUCCAAAAUAUCUAGUACAUCCCAAGGGGCAUCGCUACACUCAGCUUCCAGUUCAGGGAAAUCCAAUAGCUCUAGUAAAUCAAAAGGAAACUCUUUACAAGCUUUAGACCCUCCUAAAGAAAAUCCUGAUGGCAAUAAUAUUGCUUGCCAACACAGUGCCAAGCCAGAGCUUAAUGGAGUUCAGCUUGGCAAACUAAAUGGUGUCUCAGAGAAUGCUAAUGAUUCAGCCAGUACUCAUGACUCUGCCUAUACUGACCAUAACUCUAGUAAUGUUACAGACAGCACAGUCCUGACCAACGGCCAACACACAGAAGUCAGCAGUACAGAUCAAGCAAAGGAAAGAAUGAAUGGCCACCAUAUUGUAUCAGAUAAUCAAAGCCUACCCAAUUUUUUCAUGCCCAGUGAAGAGAUGCAAGCCUCCAUCAAGGCUUUACAAAUGGCCACUUUAGCUGCUUCCAAGAUAAAUCAGGAUGACUUGCGAGCUGAAAACAAAGCCAAAGCUGUCUCUGAAUUAGUCAGCAAAAUGACCAACUCCAAAAUGAAAGCAGCUCCAGUCUCUGUUAAAAACAAACAGCCUCCAUCAGCAGAGGAAGCUAAAAGAAUUGCCAAAAUAUUUUCUUCCAAAAUGCACUGAGAACAAAAAGUUGAAUAUUUUGUAAAGUAUUUCUAAAUCAUUUGUUUUAAUUUUUUUCAAAUACUUAACACAUUCCAUCAUAUCUAUAGGGUGUCACCCAAGUGUCCUUGAAUACAAAACAAACUAAUCAUUAGUUAUAAUUUGUAAUUUAAAAAAAGUUCUUUUUUUCUUCUUCCGGACAUUCCAUUUCAUGAGUUGUACAAUUUAUGAAAUCUAUACACUUUGCAGCAUUUGUACAUUGAAGAGAUAUGUUGUUGUUUUUUUUUUAUGCUGAUAUCUUUGACAUGUAGGAUAAAAGGCUAAUAUCUAUGAGGCCAAGAAUGUUUAGUUAAUUGUGUUUACUUCUAGUGUGAGAGGAUUGUUACUUUAUCAUGUUUCCUCCAGUAACUGGUGUCCUCAGCAAGACUAGACCUUUCCUUCAUUAGAACUUUUCACAGGAGCUUUGUGCCAGAAGUGUUUUAGUACAUGCCCAAUUUUCCAUUUGAAACUAAUUUCUGGAAUUUUUUAGCACAAUUUUUUUCAACUUUGAUGCUAAAAUGCCAAAACAAAAUUCCUUAUUUCUUACUUUGAGAGUGUAUGACAUGGAUGCGUGUGAGCUGAGCAGGUUCAUGUAUUUGUUGUUUUGGUGGUGUGUAUGUCUGCAUCUGAGCUGAGCAUGUUUUAGUACAUUUAUGUGUGAGUACAUGUUAGUCAAACAACACAAUGGUAUAUUGCACAUUGUUUUCUCUUAUGCUCAUAUUUUUAUUAUUUUUUAUGGAUUGAUGAUGUGGAGGCAGAUCUGCAACAGCUUGGGGUUAGGGCGUGGAGACGAAAGGCACAGGAGAGAUCUGAAUGGAAGGAUGUGUUGAAGUAGCGCCACUGGGAUGGAUGGAUGACUCAUAUUUUUAUAGUAAUUUUGUGUGUGUGUGUAUGUCAGCAUUAACAAAAGCUUUAAAAAAAUUAUUUUUUUUCAUUUACUUUCAAUGUUCUGAAAUGAGUCUAAACAAGUAAUAUCUGUAUACACAUUAUUUAUAGAUAACUUCCUACUUUAUGUUCAAAUACUUAAUUAAACUAAACAUUCGUACCUUAUAUUUCAUGGAAAAAAUCCAGAGAAAAAUAUUGGCCAGUAUGGGGAUCAAACCCAUGACACUGAAGUUUUGACUAUGAUGAAAUGUGAACUAAUGAAAUAAAUAAAAAAAGAUAAAUAUUAAAGUUAUUUGAUUUCUCCUUGAUGGAACUAUGUCCCAUCUUACAGUCUUAAGUGGCUGCCAAAUGUGUCAUGACUGUACUUUAGCCACGGUGUCACUCUAAGAACAUAUUUUACAUUGUUGUCAAUUUAAGAAACAACAAAGUAUAAAAAGUACAUUUGUAUGUGAAUCUUUCAAUUCUGUGUCUUUUUUCCCCACUCUUAAAAUCACAAGAUGAAUAACUUACAAGAUUCAACUGUUGAUUUUAGCCUGCAACUUUUGUCCCAUCAGCUGAUGCUUCACAUUUUGUCUUUAGCCUCCCUGUUGCUCAGAUCUGAAAUGUUUUCUUUAGACUGCCAAUACAUAAAUCACUUGAUCACAUCAAAAUUGGUAUUUAUAUUUGUGUAGUUUCCCUUGAAAAGUUUUUAGCUAAUUUUGUUCAUUUGCAGAAUAAACACCAAAAUUGAAAUUUUGUCUUCACCAUUUUUUUUGUUCAGUUCUCUUCCCUUAGAGCUGUACUAAAGCUCUAUUGCCCAGUGCCAAAAUAGGCAGGAGUAUGAUAUUGUUGACCAAUACUUUACCUCUAUUUUUUGUAUGUAUGUAAUUAUAAUUUAAAAAAAAAAAUGUGUACUUAUGGUACUUAUGAGAAUAGCAGAAAAUUGUCUGGGCCGAAGUGCUCAAUGUGUCAAAGCUGUUUCUGUGAUACUGUCACGAUGAAAAACACUUUUUUGUUUGACAUGUUAACAUUGAUUAUACUUUCUUUUUGUGUUUUAUGUGUUAGCAUUUUAAUACAAUAUGCUGUAGCAAUACAAAGUUAAUAUUGAGUUCUAUACUUAUGGAAUUAUAAUCAUAGUUAAUAAUUGUUUUUUUACAUCUUAGAAUGUAAGUUUACAUACACCUUCUUUGUAUUUCUGAACUGUACAAACUUAAGUAUCAAAAACUUAUAUUUAUUAUGCAGCUAUAAAUUCAUUCAUGAUUUUUUGUAUCCCUUUCAGACUUUGCGACUUUGUAAAGGUCAUCUUUUUCUAUGGCCUAUAGUUAACACAGUAUGCAGUAGUUAACAAAGGUUUCAUGAGGCCAGCACAACGACCAACCUCCUUUACUUCCCCCACUAAUGUUGGGUUCCCAUUUUAGUUGGGUGGACUCAAUGCGGGUCCUAAAAAUCUUGAAUUAAAAAUAAACAGUCUUCACCAGAAUUUAAACCCGAGACCCCUGGGAUUGAAAUAAAAGUGCUGUACCACUUAGCCACCACGCCUCAUUACUGAUUUUGUAAAAGAAAUUGUUUUUAAAUCCUGAGAACAUUUCAUCUGUUAGAAAUAAAAUUCAUUUUUUUGUUAAGUUUUCUCUUUAACAUUAAAAUAGCCUGUUUACUCGAAUAACAUGAGUAAUUAUUAAGCUAUGUAAAACAGUAGUACUUUUACUUCAAUGAGGAAGAAGUAUCUCUUGUAUAUAGACUUAAGCUUGGAGGAGGGGGGCAGCUUAAAAGAAAGGAAAUUCUUAACUCUCCAUGAAUGAGUUUGUGUAGCAGACUCUUGUUCUUUCCACUUUUAAUGUCACAUUGUUUUCUACUUCAUUUAUGUAGCUAGUCAAUGUCUCUGUUUUAUUUAGACUGCACAUCUCCGUCCAUUAUUGUUUGGUUCCAGUUUGGGAACAUAGCGGCACCUUACUGUUUCCUUGUAAUUCAUUCAGUAACUAUGAAAUGUGUAUAUGCAGGGCCGUCAAAAGAUAUUUUAUGAUUAGGUCCUGAAGGAGUUGUAAAAAAAUAUCAAGUGGUUUAUUGAAGAGAAAUUGUUGAUAAAACUUUGCUACCACAUGACUCGCAUUGGAUCCAGUUGAAGAGAUUACUAUCUCAAAAGGAGUUUGAAAAAUUGUCUCAUUGUACAUUCUUUGGUAAUCAAAAAACAUAUUAACUUAAGAACAGAAGGCUAUGAAAAAAACAGGUUUUACUUUUAUGUUUAUAAUUAGUGUACUUCAUAUUACAAGAGUGGUUCUCAGGUUCUAAGUAAAAUAACCAUUUUUUUUAAACUAAUUUAUUUUUAUUUUUUUCAGCCACAAAUGCUCACUCAUUUCUUUUUUUUUUUUUUUACUUCAGAUGGUCUUAUUUUAAUUUUGACAGUGUUUAGCUUAGUAUACAUUAUUUUGAAAUAGUUAUUUAUAAACAAGGCUAAUCAAAUCAUUUAAUUGGAAUUACGAUUUAUCAUCUAGGCCAUUUUUUUUAAAAUUUCUGACUAAUAGUAUAUAGCUCUAUUUCUACACAAUCUAAUUCUGACAAUUGUAAUAUUCAUGUGUAUGAUGUAACUUUAUAAGAUUAAAUUAUUUUAUAUUAAA